UUUACAGUUCAAAUCAUAAAUGAAAAUUAAAUAAAAAUAAAAUAAAAAAAAAAGUAAAAGAGAGAAUGUAGUUGUCAUUUGUACAAUCAUUGUUUUGUUCGUCUGAAAAAUUAAAGAACAUAUCUCUCUCUCUCUUCUCAUUGGACUCUGGUUAAUUGGUUGCUAGAUUUUUAGAAGAGCAAUGAGUCAUUCUGCAGCCAGCUCAGGUAAAAGGAGAAUAAGAGAUCUUUUAACUCAAUCUGAUAACCGUGUCUGCGCUGAUUGUGGCGCUCCAGAUCCUAAGUGGGCGUCAGCUAAUAUCGGAGUGUUCAUAUGCUUAAAAUGUUGUGGUGUGCACAGAAGCCUUGGCACUCAUGUCUCCAAGGUCUUAUCUGUGACAUUGGAUGAAUGGUCAGAUGAGGAAGUCGAUUCAAUGAUUGAAAUUGGAGGAAACGCCUCUGCCAAUUCAAUCUACGAGGCAUUUAUACCUGAUGGUUCCUCUAAGCCUGGACCGGAUGCUAGUCAUGACCAUCGUAUGAGGUUUAUCAGGUCAAAAUAUGAGUUCCAAGAGUUUCUGAAACCAAGCUUGCGUAUCACAUCAGGGAAGACAUCUAGUUCAAAGAGCAGUUCAUCAUAUCGUUCAUCAAGUCUAUCGACUAAUUUCAUCGAUAGCUUUCGCACAAAUUCAUCAUCCCAAAAUCCACAACUUGAAGGGAUGGUUGAGUUUAUUGGAUUGUUGAAGGUGACUCUUAAAAAGGGUACCAACUUAGCUGUUCGAGACAUGAUGACAAGUGAUCCCUAUGUUGUGUUGACUCUAGGAAAACAGACUGUACAGUCAACUGUAAUGAAAAGCAACUUAAACCCGGUUUGGAACGAGGAACUCAUGCUCUCUGUUCCUCAUGACUAUGGCUCAGUGAAGCUGCAAGUGUUUGACUAUGACACAUUUUCUGCUGAUGACAUAAUGGGAGAAGCUGAGAUUGAUAUCCAACCUUUGAUAACAUCUGCAAUGGCUUUUGGAGACCCUGAGAUGUUUGGAGAUAUGCAGAUUGGGAAAUGGCUGAAAUCGAAUGACAAUGCUCUUAUAGAGGAUAGCAUCAUCAACAUUGCAGAUGGCAAAGUGAAACAAGAGGUUCAGAUCAAGCUUCAGAAUGUUGAAUCUGGUGAGUUAGAACUAGAACUUGAAUGGCUGCCUCUAGACCAAUAAUAAAAUAUCAUAGGGUCAUUAAAUGUAUGGAGAAAGAAAAUCUUAUUAUUGUAUUCAUUCUGAUUCUUGAAACUUCAAUCUUGAAAACCCUUCUUUGGUGUUUUGCUUAAAGAAAAUUAUGAGAGCCAUUUGUAUAAUUCAGACCGGAUUAUAUGUUUUAA